AUUAGCCGUUAUUAUUAUUGUAAAUCAAAAGCCGUCAAAGAUUAGCACAUUAUUUUUUAGUUUUUCUGCUUUUGCUUUGUUUUUAUUUCCCUUUGGAUUUGUUCCUCUCUUGAAUCAAAAAAAAAAAAAAAAAAAUUGUAUUUGAUUUGUUUUUUUUUUUAAGAGAAAUGAAAUAUUAGAAAAUUUGACACAUUAUAACACUUUUAACACUCUUAAAUCCCUAUAAUAAUAUUUUUAACACCGAUAAAUCCCAUGAAAAAAACCCAUAAAUCCCCCCCAAUAAAAACAACCUAAAUACUAAGAGUACUUCCGUAUCGAAUUAUUCGUAACUGUUAGACAUUUUAUAUCAAUUUGUUGCAAUUCAAAAUAGAGGCAGUAAUAGAAAACUCCAGGACAAAGCUCAGAUCUCCCAAUUUUCGACAUUUUAUCUAUCCAAAAUUCUAAAAUUCUUUCUCUCUCAUAGCCCACCACGUUGUGUUCCUCUCUUUGAAAGCGAAGUCAUCUGUAGUUGUUGCAAGUGUGAAGGAGAAGAAAAUAAUAAUGUUUUUUAAAGAAUACCCUAGUAAAUUGGAGCUUUCUUAGUUCUGCAGCAAUUUUUUUAAUGAUCUGUUAAAUUGUGCGUAUAUAUAACGAUCUGGGUAACAUCAGAUGAAAUGGGUUGACAUUAUUUCUUGUAAUUAGUUGUUGGAUUUUCGAUUUCAAUUGGGAAAAAUGGCGCUUUUUAGGAAGUUCUUCUACAAGAAACCACCUGAUGGGUUGUUGGAGAUUGCUGAAAGGGUUUAUGUCUUUGAUUGCUGCUUUACAACGGAUGUGGUGGAGGAUGAUAAUUAUCAAGGCUACAUUGAUGGAAUAGUUAGUCAACUCCAUGGUCACCUACCUGAUGCUUCAUUCAUGGUUUUCAACUUUCGUGAGGGAGAGAAGCAGAGCCAUAUUGCGAAUAUGCUGUCGGAGUAUGACAUGACUGUAAUAGAUUAUCCUCGGCAGCAUGAAGGUUGUCCUCUGCUCACAUUGGAGAUGAUUCAUCACUGUCUGAGAUCUGGUGAUAGCUGGCUCUUGCUUGGUCAACGCAAUGUUCUUUUAAUGCAUUGCGAACGAGGUGGUUGGCCUAUUUUGGCAUUCAUGCUUGCUGCACUCUUAAUCUACAGAAAGCUAUAUAAUGGGGAACAGAAGACACUGGAUAUGAUCUACAGACAAGCCCCUCGCGAGCUUUUGCAGUUGAUGUGCCCGUUAAAUCCAAUUCCCUCUCAGUUGAGGUAUCUUCAGUAUGUAUCAAGGAGACACUUGGACUCAGAGUGGCCUCCCCAGGACAGGUGCCUGACUGUGGACUGCAUAAUGCUUAGGCUCAUCCCUAAUAUUGAUGGGAUUGGUGGUUGCCGACCUAUUCUUAGAAUCUAUGGACGAGACCCUUCACCUGCUGCUGACCGAACUCCUAUUAUGCUAUUUUCAACUCCAAAAAAAAGUAAAAUUGUUCGGCAAUACAAGCAGGCAGAAAGUGAAUUGGUGAAGAUUGACGUUAAUUGUCAUGUUCAAGGGGAUGUGGUGCUUGAGUGCAUAAGCUUGGAUGAUGAUUUGGAACGUGAGCAGAUGAUUUUCAGGGUUAUGUUUAGCACAGCAUUUAUCAGAUCCAAUAUUUUGAUGCUUAAUCGUGAUGAAAUUGACACCUUGUGGGAUGACAAGGAUAAAUUUCCUAAGGACUUCAGAGCUGAGGUUCUUUUCUCAGAGAUGGACUCUGCAACCUCUGGCACUUCUAUUGAUAUGCCUGUUACUAUGGAGAAAGAAGGCCUUCCUAUUGAAGCGUUUGCAAAGGUGCAAGAGAUUUUCAGCAACGUGGAUUGGAUAGAUUCAAAGUCUGAUGUCGCACUAAAUGUUCUUCAGAAAAUUACUUCAUCAAAAGAACUCAAAGAGAAAUUGGAGAUAGCUUCUCAUGAGAGUAAAGAAAGUCUUGUGGGUAAUUUGAAAUCACUUGUCCAGGAAGAUAGCAUCAUGGGAUCCUCAAUAGGGACUCUUGAGAGGCAAUCCCAUUGCUCUUCUGAAACAACAGUAGACACCCAUAUUGGCCAUAUAGUUGGACAGAAGUCUGAUGCUUAUAAAGAAGGUGUUUCAAAUAUUGUCCGAGAAAGUUUGGAAAAUGCUAGUCUGCCCGAGAAAUCUAGCAUUAUUGCAGUAUCACAUCCUCAACAAAUUGAUGAGAAGCUCUCAAAACAGUCCUCUGGUCCUUCUCCAGAUGAUAUAGUGGUUCCAAAGAAGGGUCUACCAGAGGACUUGCUUCCUGUUCUUCAAAAAACUACUCAAACAAAGAUAAUAUCCCCACGUAUACUUCAAUCUUCCCGUUCAAGCUCUGCCAUAUACAGCAAUUCCAUGCAAGGUUCUCCAAAACCUAUGCAAAGAUUUCAUAGUUCACCGUCUUCACUUGGGAUUAUGGCGCUUUUGCAUGAUAAUGAUACAUACAAGAGUGAUGCGGUUGCUCAUCAGGGGGCAAUAUCUCCACAAUCAACGGCUACUUCGGUCGCUUUUGUACCUGAAGUAUCUAAACCUGGACAAAACGUUCUCUCAUCAUCUGCAUCAUCUCAACCACCAGCCCCUGCACUGCCUUCUCCUCCUUUACCUCAUAUUCAUUCAGUAUCACAACAUAAAGAUUCUCCACCAGCAUUACAACCCCUUCCACCAGUAGAAUCAGAAAAUGAUAUUGUUUGUCGUACAAAUCCAUCGUCAAUCCCUCCGCCCCCACCCUUGCCCUCUUUUAGAUCUUCAACUGUCCAGAACACAUCUCCUCCUCCUCCUCCUCCUCCUCCUCCUUUUGUGAAUGCAGGAGGCACAUUAUCAGCACCACUUCCUCCCCCGCCUCUGCCAACCUCUUGUGGACAAUCUCUUUCUUCAAAUACUAGGGUUCCCUUGUCAACACCACCACCUCCACCUCCACCCCCUCCUCCACCUGUAUUGCAGUCCCCGUGUUCUAGUGCUAAGACCAUAUUGUCAAUCCCUCCUCCUCCUCCUCCUCCUCCUCCUCCUCCUCCACGUCUUCUGGAGAAUGUUUCGUCAGCUAUGGAUUCAGAUUCAUCUAUUAACAGCACACGUGGACCAGUCAAAGCUCCUCCACCUCCACCUCCAUCUCCACCUCCUCCAUGUCUCACUGAGAAUGUUUCUUCAGCUACAGGUUCAGAUUCGUCUAAUACCAACGCAUGUGGACCAGUCAAAGCUCCUCCUCCGCCUCCUCCACCAAAAUUGCCUGUUUCUGUUGCUAUUCCUAAAAUGUCUUCUCUAGUGCCUCCACCACCCCCACCUCCUAAAGGUGCCUCUUCUAAUGUUGGGUUCACAACUUCUCUUAAAACUCCACCAGUACCACCUCCACCAGGUCCUCUUGGGAAAGGAUUGGCAAGAGCUAAUAGUUCUGCUCAAGAUUCUCAAGUGCCUGGUAGCAAAGGACCAGUUCCUCCACCCCCUGGACCCACUGGUUUAAAGGGUAGGGUCCCUCCUCGUGUUACUCCGAGGAAUCAGGGUCAACCAAAAAAGAAUGUAAAGCCGUUUCAUUGGUUGAAAUUAACAAGGGUAAUGCAAGGAAGCUUAUGGGCUGAUGCUCAAAAACCUGAUGAGGCUUCCAAAGCUCCAGAGUUUGAUAUGUCAGAACUUGAGACCCUCUUUGCAGCAUCUGUUCCAAAUGCAGACAAGGGGGUAACUGGAGGGCAAUCGGGCCGUCGUACUUCAGGUUCUAAACCUGAAAAAAUUCAGCUGAUUGAGCUUAGAAGGGCUUAUAAUUGUGAAAUAAUGCUUACAAAAGUGAAAUUUCCUCUGCCUGAUUUAAUGAAUUCAGUACUUGCUUUGGAUGAUUCAGCUUUGGAUGUUGAUCAAGUGGAAAACCUUAUAAAAUUUUGUCCAACAAAGGAAGAAAUGGAGCAACUGAAGGGAUACAAGGGUGAUAAAGAUAAUUUAGGGAAAUGUGAACAGUUCUUCUUAGAGUUGAUGAAGGUGCCUCGAGUGGAGUCAAAACUAAGAGUUUUUUCAUUUAAGAUACAAUUUAUCUCUCAGGUGUCCGAUCUUAAAAAGAAUUUACAGAUAGUGAAUUCUGCAUCAGAAGAGAUCAGAUCAUCAGUAAAGUUGAAAAGAGUCAUGCAAACAAUUUUGUCUUUGGGCAAUGCAUUGAACCAAGGGACUGCUCGAGGUGCUGCUGUUGGGUUUCGACUGGAUAGCCUCCUUAAACUCACAGAUACACGUUCUCGGAAUAGCAAGAUGACUCUUAUGCAUUACCUGUGCAAGAUUCUUGCUGAUCAACUACCUGAGGUAUUGGAUUUUCCAAAAGAUUUGGCCAAUUUGGAGGGGUCAACAAAGAUACAACUUAAAAUCUUGGCAGAGGAAAUGCAAGCUAUUAGCAAAGGGUUAGAAAAGGUUGUUCAAGAGCUGACUGCCUCAGGGAAUGAUGGCAGUAUCUCAGAAUGUUUUUGCACGAUCUUGAAGGGGUUUCUUUCUUACGCGGAAGGUGAAGUGAGGUCCUUAGCGUCGCUUUAUUCUAUCGUGGGUAGAAAUGCUGAUGCUUUGGCUAUGUAUUUUGGUGAAGAUCCUGCAAAGGUUCCAUUUGAACAAGUUGUGUCAACCUUACAGAACUUUGUUAGGAUGUUCCAUCGUGCACAUGAUGAGAACUGCAAACAGCUUGAGUUUGAGAAGAAAAAGGCAGAGAAGGAAGCUGAGAAUGAAAAGUCGAAGAUGAAUGGUCGUGCGAAGGACCCUGACCACCAUGUGCAGCUGUCCCCUCGGAAAUUUGGCACCGUGAAAUGAGCAAUCUAUUCAUAGCCUAACCCAAGGGCCAUCAAUUCACAAAUCUCUUAAUGAUUCUGCCAGAGGAGAGCAAUAGAAGCUAGUAUGCUCAAUGUUGUGACUAGUCAGGAAAUACACAAAACUCUAACAGGGAGCUAGUGAGGUAUUUGAUGGCUUCAUUACACAUAGAUUAUUGAUAAUGUACAGCGUAAUUCAUUUAAUUGUAGUUAGAAAGGUUAGAUUAUAUGGCUAGUGAUUUGAUUAUUAUGGGUUCUUUUAGAGCAUUAGCUGUAAAUUUACCCAUCUUUGUUGGGUACCAUUCUUUGAAGAAUAUGUAUAUCAGGGACGUCAGUUUUUCAUAGUCCCCUAUACGACCGAGGUGAUUGUAACAGAUGAACAACACUAUUGGUGUAAAAUCAUAUACCAUCUGAAUAUUUUUGUGAGUUACUGUAUUUUACAGCAUAUAUCUAUCAAUAACUAUAUAUACUAAA